AAUAAUAGUUUCAAAUCUUCUCCAUUGUAUGUUAACCACGUUUAUCGUUUCCAUAAUUAUCAAUGCAAUUGUAAUCGACGAUCAUUUUAUGAUAGUUUGGAUUCAAGGCAACACAAUUUAAUACAUUACCAUUUUGAGUGUUCCGAUAAUAUAUGAAUCAAAAUUGAUUUGUCAAUCACGGGAUCAAAUAAAUUAUUGUCAAUGGCAAUGUUAGCGUAGGAAAUGGCAACACAAUUGACGUGAAAAGAGGAGUUUUCUAUAAAAUUUAUGAUACAAUAUUUCAAAUGUAAAUGUAGAUUUUGUUUUCAAACAAAGACUUCCUUUCUGGGAUAUGUAAUUACUGAGUAUUUUUUUUUACUCUCAAUAAGCCAUAUAUAAUAACAUUGCUAUGCAUUUUAAACAUAUAGUGUACAUGAAAUCCUUGCUAUGCAUUAUAAAUAUCUUUGCUAUGCAUUUUAAAGAUUUUCUUACAGCAAUAAUGGCAUUGGUGAAAAUAAAUAUAUAUUAAAACUUACAUAUUACAAUAUUUUUCUACUUUCUUAAUAAUAUAAGUUUUCACCUAAACGAAGGGAUCGUCAAUCACACAACACUUAAUGGGACAUACGAUGAUCUCCAUGAUAUUUCAAAUCAGGAAUGUAUAAAGAUAAAUAUGACGCUAUUGGAAUAAAUGAAUGUUAUAGGAGUUGAACUCAAUAAUUUCUAUACAAAAAUUGCGACGAAAAAUGAAAAGUUUCAAAAUCAGAAUUGAUUAUUGAUUUGAGAUCGAUUGAUUUUUUCAAUCAAGCUGCAAUCUUUGUUUCCUUAUAUUAAAAAUAAGAAUAAAUUUUUUUCUGAUUUUGAAAGAUCAAUUCGCAAAUGGAGUAAUAAGGCGAGUUUCAAAAUAGAAUUGUAGUGCAAGUUAUUCAGUAUUAAUUAUUGAAUAUUACAUAUAUUUAAAGCGAUUUCGAAUAAAGAUAGCAAACCCUAGACCCAAAACUUCUUGUAUAUAAAUAUGCAGCCGAUGUUAACAUCUCCUCACCACAGUCUAUAUCUCAAAACAUUGUUACCAAACAUUAGUUUUUUCUGAUUUUACCUAGGUGGUAACAUUGUCAUUUUACCUAGGUGAUAACAUCGUGAUUUCACUUUAUUAUGUUAUUCUAUCACAGAUGCUGCAAUAUCAUGUUUUAUGAUUACAGUAACGUCAUCAUUAAGUGUGUUUCUUAUGGUGUAUUUGCUCAUGUUUUUCAAGAAUUUUAUUAGUUUACUGCUUAUAUUUCAUUUUAUCUUAUAUGUAUAUUUUAUUUUAUGAAAAUAAUAAUUCUAUUGUAUGUGUUUUUUUUUCCUUCAUAAUUUAGUUUAUAUAAGUUUUUGAUUACUCUUAUAGAUUAGCUUUCAUCCGAAUCACAUAUGAUCCUUCCUCAUCGUAUAUAUAAAUAGGUUGUUUUGAGCAUAUCUACUCAUCACAUUCUUCUUCCCAAACCUUCAUUACAAAUUCGAUCUUGCAAGCAAAACACUUAUGGUGGGUCUCAACUCAUUAUAUAAUAUGUAAUCUUGUGACUAUAAGUUUUGCAUUUCUAAUAUCUAUAGAUUAAAAGUUAUAAUCUCUUUUAAUCCAUUCGCUCCGCGCAGGGCGCAGGUAUCACCUAGUGUUAACUAUUACAUAAGAUUUGUUUCUUUAUUUAAUGUCACUAGCUUAUUAUGUAGAAACUUCCAAAAUCCCUAUAUAAACAAACAUUCACAACAUAAGUUAACAACCUCCACGAUUAACAAACAAUUAAGUUACCUCCAAUUUUAUAAUCAUCUCUUCAAACCAAAAAAAUGGAAAGCAAAAGAAUGACCAUAAUGUUCAUUACCAUGAUGAUAGUCAUUGGGAACUUUGUCGUUUAUACAGAGGCUCAAGCUCAAGCUAAUCCUUUUAGAAGUUGUUUUCCAGGUUGUAUAGUGAGUUGUGCCAUCGAGAAGAGGUUUCCCACUGGUUUGAUGUGUCCAUUCACUUGUCUCAUGACUUGCCUUCUUCCUCCAACAUCAAAUAUUUCUUCUCCUCCUUUACAAAUGAUUUUGGCAAACAAAAAAAUCGAUCAUAAUGAUUAUUUCUGUAAACUUGGUUGUGCUACUCAUCAUUGUCUUGUUCUUUCUUCUCCCCAAAAUUCCAAUGUAGACAAAGUUGUGGACUGUGUGGAUUCAUGCUCAGACAAGUGCUCCAACAAGAGCUAG